AUGGGCCCCUCGACGAUGGGGCCCACAAGAACUGUGUCGUGGUGGCUUCUUGUGGUGACCAACCUGUGUUCCGGCGGAGCUGUUUUCGAUAAGCCUAAAUACAGAGGUCUAUACACAAACGAACUCUCGGAAGCCCACGAAACGAUACCAAUAAAAGUCAAUGAAAACGGUGACCAUCUAUCCCACAAUCUUACUCAUCACUUUUCCGACUACGAUGAGCCAGUAAGAUUCAAUUUAACGAUCUUCGAGCACGACCACCAUCUAAUCCUUAGUCCCAGUAAUGAGUUUUUGGCUCCAAACGUUUACAUAGAAUGGAGGAAGCCGGACAGGCACGUGAGAAAAAAACCAACAAAUACUUUUUGUCACUAUCAAGGAUUUGUUCAUGGCGAUAGCAUGAGUCGGGUGGCGAUUUCCGCUUGCAAUGGACUGGCUGGUAUGAUUCAAACGCAGCAUGGCAAAUACUACGUUGAACCAGCCUACCAUGCUGAAAAAUCCGUCAGUCCUGGCCAUAAGCAUUUAAUAUUCAAACGAUCAGCAGUAAUAAACAGCAUGCCUGAAACUGUGUCAACUAAAAAGAAGAGGAAAAAGAAACGAAAGAAAUAUCACCACCAAUCCAGCUGUGGAACAAGAGAACCAAAAAAAUUUACAGAAAUCGAAUGGCAGAAGCAGCUAGGCAAAAUCCGAGUCCAAGAACGAAAACACAAAAACAACAAAUCGCAAAACAAAGUUAAAAUACGAAACGUAAAACAAUCACAAUUGAAGAAACUAAAAUACAAACUCGUAAAUUCUGUAAGGCAAAAGAGGUCCGUUAGUCAGCCACAUUUUGUGGAGACUGCUAUAGUUGCUGAAGCUAGUAUGGUAGAGUUUCACCAGGAUGGUGACAUUGAAACCUAUAUUUUGACUUUGAUGAAUAUGGUUUCAGCAUUUUAUCAGGAUCCAACUAUUGGCAACUUCAUUAAAGUAGCAGUAGUCAAAAUUAUACUUCUAGACGAUUCAUCUAAUGAACCCGAAUUUAAUGCUACUACAAAUGCUGACGUGACUUUGAAAAACUUUUGUAAAUGGCAAAAGGAUUUAAACCCCAAAGAUGAUUCGCAUCCUCAUCAUCACGAUGUUGCAAUAUUAUUAACCAGGAAAGAUAUUUGUGCAAAAAGCGAUCAUCCGUGUGGAACCUUGGGCGUAUCCCAUAUUGGUGGUAUGUGUAAAUUAUCGAGAAGCUGUAGCGUAAAUGAAGAUAAUGGGAUUACCUCUGCGCACACGAUUGCUCAUGAAAUGGGACACAAUUUUGGUAUGCUGCACGACACUGAAAAAAUCGGAUGCAAGAGGAAGGUGGGAAAUAUAUUGCACAUUAUGGCACCAGCUCUUGAAGCAGAUGCGGUCCAAGCAAUUUGGUCAAAUUGCAGCCGAAGAGAAGUUACAAACUUUCUAGAUAAAGGAUUAGGCAAAUGUCUUCAAGAUAAACCAGAGCCAAUUGAAGAAUAUCAGUAUCCAGAUUUACCAGCUGGUGCUAUGUAUAAUGCCAAUUACCAAUGCAGAUUUCAAUUUGGUACAACAGAUGCUACAGUUUGCUCGCCUCUAGAUGACAUAUGCUCAAGACUUUGGUGUACAAUAAAUGACGCUUGCACGACUUUGUUGAGACCAGCUGCUCCUGGCACAAACUGUGGAAAGCACAAGUGGUGCCAAGAUCAAAAAUGCGUCCCAAUAAUGGAUCCACCAACACCAAUAGACGGAGGCUGGGGCGAAUGGAGCAGCUGGUCAGAAUGUUCCAGAACAUGCGGAUCAGGUGUGUCGAUUAUGAGCAGAGAAUGUGAUCAUCCUAUGCCCACAGCUGGAGGAAAAUUUUGCGUUGGUGAAAGAAAAAGGUACAGAAUUUGUAAUACUGAUCCAUGUCCAGAAGGUGAGCCUACUUACAGAGCUUUGCAGUGUAGCUGGAACAACAACAAGACCUAUGAAGGGAAAUUGUACGAGUGGCAGCCUUAUUUUGAUCAAGCUGAUCCAUGCCAACUUUACUGUAGCGAUGCAAACGAAACUCUCAUAGUCCCGUGGGGAGACUAUGCAGCUGAUGGCACGCCUUGCAAUGUUGUAUCCCGAGACGUAUGCAUUUCCGGAAUAUGUAAGCAAGUCGGAUGCGAUUGGGUCGUAGACUCCACUGCUAGAGAGGACGAAUGCGGAAUCUGCCAAGGCGAUGGCACCAAAUGCGAUAUAAUCGCCGGAGAAUACAAAAAACAGAGCAGUUAUCCAGGAUACAGAGAAAUCGUUGUUAUACCCAGAGGAGCAAGAAAUAUUAGAGUUGCUGAAAAUGAUCAAUCUGAAAAUUAUAUUGGGAUUGAGAAUGCUUUGGAGAAGAAGUCAUAUUUAAAUGGGAAAAGGCACAUAACAUUACCUGGAGAAUAUAAUGUGGCUGGGGCACAAGCGCUUUAUGAAAGGGAGCAUAAUUUGGAGAAAAUUAGGAUUCCUGGACCAAUACAAGAACCUAUUUUAGUAUCGAUUUAUUUCAGAGGUAAAGUCUAUAAUCCUGGAGUUGUAUGGAAAUAUUCAAUCUGGAAACCCGAAGUAACUAAACAAGUCAAAUACUCGUGGAUAAUGGAGGAAUGGUCACAAUGUUCUGCUACUUGUGGGGGAGGUACGCAGCAUAGGGAGCCUCUUUGCCAAGAAAGCACAGUGUCACCAGUAGCUUCUGAUCUGGAAAGUCCCAGUAUUGUAGCUGAGGAAAUGUGCGACGACAUGGACAGACCGGAAAAGAUGGAACGAACGUGUAAUGACGAUCCGUGUCCUUACAAAUGGUGGGUGGGUCCUUGGCAAGCUUGUCCUGUUACUUGUUAUGAUGGGGGUAAGAAACCAAUGAGAAGACGAAGCGUCAUGUGCAUGGACUUACAGGAAACCGCUUUACCGGACCAAUAUUGUGACAGGGGCGCCAAACCUCACGAGUACGAACCUUGCAGAAGAUUGUUGCCUUGUGAGGCAUACGAAUGA